UGUCGCAGUUUAGUCGCCUGAUCAGUUUAACUUCUGCUCAAAGCCAAACGAUUUAACUGGCUUACCUGCAGCAUGUUUACGUGGCGGAUGUUACCUUUAUUUUACCACUGUGAUUCAUCGGGUUGCAGCGAUUAAAACGCGCAAGAUUUCACAAUUUUUUGAUACGUAUCCAGAUCAGUGAUGGAGGAGGAUCUAAUGAACCCGGUGGCUAAGAAAACUAAAGAGCUGUCCGGUAGUGUCCUUCUCACCUACUUCCAAGGAGACAUCAACAGCAUGGUGGAUCAGCAUUUCUCCCGGGCUCUGAGUCAAGCGGUAAAGCCAAAGGAAAAGUCUGCACAGACAAAUGGAUCCAGUCAAUGGGAAACACAUUCACAAACCAGAUUUCAGCCCAUGCUUCCUCCAGAACAUCUCUGGUUAGGAACAAGCAGCGAGUCUCAUUCAAACUAUCACAUGUCACAGAAUCACCCUGCAAACAGUGGAAUUUUGUGGCCAGGGGAUCCGAGGCAUGGUAUGGGUCUCGCUCUGCCCCCGAUGAUGUACCCCUCAGUUACGUGCCCUGAUGGAUUGAUAGCACCAGAGGACCAGUACUCUAAUUCACUGUUACACUUGCUCCACAAUGAUCGUCCUGACACAAAGCAAGACCUCCACAUGAAUGGAUGGACAAAGUAUCCUGGAUUUUGUAACCAGCGCAAUCUAAAACCUGGUAUGACAGUGAUUGAGAAGAAGGAUUUUGACUGGUAUUAACCUAAGAAGUUAUGUGAGAUUUAAAAGCAGGAACAAAGAAGUCUUUCAUCGUCCUUUCGUUUAACUGAACAAGUGACUAAUGGCCCUUGCAAUGCCUCACCUGGAGGCUUCUGCACAUCCAACCUGUUCAGAAACAAGCUCUUCAUGAAUCACAGCACAGAAGAUUGUAGACGAGAUUAGCCUCAGGCUCUGAGGUUAAAGACGUUUAUCACGCACACUACAAAACAUGUAAUUGGUGUAUUUACAGACUUCUUUAACUGGGAUUUGUAUGAGAUGGUGUGCAUUUGUUGUUACUGAAAAUUAUAAUUUUUAUUUUCAGAAAUUUUUAUAUGAAACGGCUGAUACUUCUAAAGCUAUUUGCUGUUGAAUUUCAUUUUUAAAAUAGGCUGCAUGUACAUUAGUAACAAAGGUUUUAAAAAGUUGUGAAAGUCAAUACACAUAAAUGUAUAAAUGUAUGAAAACUAAAUGUAUAAAGAUAUUUUAUAUGGGCAUUGAUUUAUAAAAUACAAAUGUUUCAGUUUGUUGCUUACACAAACCAUAUUUGUUCUCAUUUCAUUUAUGGACAUGUUACACAACUUGUAAAUUUUUAUUUUUUUUGGGGGGGGGGGGUUGUUUUAUUAUGGAUGCAUAAUAUUUGAUGUCAACAACAAAAAUAAAUAUAAAUUAAGUAUAAAGUAUUUAAAAGCUUACAUUGUUAUCCUAUCUACACUGUAAAAAUAUACAUUAAUUAUUAGGUUGCAUAU